AUGGAGCACAUGCGAGGGCAAAAUGCUCAACAUGCUCAUACUUUGACCGGAGAGAAGUUGUCUCAUAUAAAUAUGGUCCCGAGCGGCGCGCUCGCAGCCGGCACCAUUGCGUCCCCGUGGAGCACGGCGGUCGGCGCGCCCGAUACCAACGGCUCGGGCGGCGCCGACGCAAAACAUCUCGAUGUUGGAGAUGCUAGCGACGAUGAGAAGAUAAUCGCUAAUUCAAUCCAAUUAUCACACAUUAAAAACUACAAUUUGAAAGAUCAAUAUCAUUGA